UGAGGGAGGCAGCGAGGGGAAUCUGUCCAAACCAUCGCCCCUCCAGCAGCCAUCUGCUCGCACUGCCUGGUACAUGUAUAUAGCGGGGUGGACUGUCUGCAGCAACCAUGUGGGGAUCUAUAGAGUGCCUGCUCCUCUGCCUCGUCUUCUGCGCUGGAGCAGCAGCAAACAGCAAGGUUUUUGGGGAUACAGACCACGUGCGCAUGAUUUCAGAAGGCUCGGAUUGUCGUUGCAAAUGUAUCAUGAGACCCCUAAGUAAAGAGGCCUGCGCCCGUAUUAAAAAUGGCAAUAUGCGUGUGGAGGAUUAUUAUACCGUGGAAACAGUCAGCUCUGGUUCAGAUUGCAAGUGUUCCUGUACCGCUCCACCGUCAUCUCUCAAUCCCUGUGAAAAUGAAUGGAAAAUGGAGAAAAUGAAGAAACAAGCUCCUGAGCUGUUUAAGCUGCAGUCUAUGGUAGACCUUCUGGAAGGAACCCUGUACAGCAUGGACCUGAUGAAAGUGCAUUCCUACAUCAAUAAAGUGGUGGCCCAGAUGAGCACUCUGGAAGAGACCAUCAAAACGAACUUAACCCGAGAAAAUGACUUCAUGAAGGAAAGUGUCAUAAACCUCUCUAAUCAGAUGAAGAAGUAUGACAACUAUUCUGACAUUAUGAUGAGUAUCAAGAAGGAGAUUUCCAACCUGGGAUAUCAACUGCUUCAGAAAGAUGCCCCAGAAAAUAAAGUGCAGGACACAGCAGGAGCCAGAGUCAAAGAAGAUAAAUUGACAGAUUCCAAGAAGAACUCUGGGGAAAAGUCUUUAUCUAAGGUCACAAAGGAGAAACCACAAAAAUCAGAGAAACCUAAGAAAGAGAACAGCAAAUCCAAACCGGCUUUGUCUCAGCCUACACCGAGACCUAGAUCUCCUGUACAUCAACAGCCGGUUGUCAUACGAGGAGUCACCUACUACAAAUCUACAAGGCAUGAUGAGACAGAUACAAGCAACCGAGAGAACACAGGGAGGUUGUCUCUACGAGGAGAAAGACAAGAUGUCAAAGCAUCAGCAAACAUCUCAGAAUCUCACAUCAUCCAAGAGGAGAGACCUGUAGAGCUUGAGAAACCACCUCCAAUGACUACAACUACUACUACUACUGCCACCACAACUCCCACCACUACCACCACCACAACAAAGAGCACCACUACUACAGAAUUAUCUACAACCACCACUAGCCCAGAGUACUCUGUGAUCACAUUUUCUUCACUUGGUUCUGAUGCAGAAAACAAUAUUAAAGUCAAAGAAGGAGAGUGUGAAGGCACCAUUGCAUCGGUUGAGGCACCCAAGAAACAUCAAAGUUAUGGUCGCAAUGAAGGAGCGUGGAUGAAGGACCCUGCAGCAAAGGAUGAUAGAAUCUAUGUCACUAAUUAUUACUAUGGAAAUAAUCUUGUGGAGUUCAGGAAUCUGGAUAAUUUCAAACAAGGUCGUUGGAGCAAUCUGUAUAAGGUUCCUUACAACUGGAUCGGGACAGGGCAUGUUGUAUUCCAAGGAGCCUUCUAUUACAACCGAGCCUUUACUAAAAACAUCAUUAAGUAUGACUUGAAGCAGCGCUUUGUAGCAGCCUGGACUCUUCUGCAUGACGUAGUUUAUGAAGAUACCACUCCGUGGAAAUGGAGAGGCCAUUCAGAUAUCGACUUUGCCGUAGAUGAAAGCGGCCUAUGGGUCAUCUACCCCUCCGUUGACUAUGAAUACUCCCAUCAAGAAGUCAUAGUUAUCAGCAAACUAGACCCUAACGACUUAUCUGUGAAGAAGGAGACGACGUGGAAAACCGGCCUCAAGCGUAAUUCCUAUGGAAACUGUUUUAUAAUCUGCGGCAUUCUGUAUGCGGUGGAUGUCUACAACCAAAAGGAAGGACAGAUCUCUUAUGCCUAUGACACUCACACAGAUACUGAUGCAGAUCCAAAGUUGCCUUUCGUUAACGAGUAUGCCUUUACCACGCAGAUCGACUAUAACCCGAAAGAAAAAGUACUAUACGCCUGGGACAAUGGGCACCAGUUGACGUACAAAGUGAAUUUUGUUGGCUGAAGGAAUUGAUAGCUUGUUAGGACGUAGAUCGGUCCUCCACAAAGAAAGCACUUUUACACAUCAGUUAUAACGUGUUGCUUGGGGAGCAACUAAAGUAUUAUCCUCUGUCUGUUAGGAGGUGAAAAUACUCUGGCCAAGACAAGUGUAAUGGCCCAGAAAUGUGGUAUGUGACUAAUCCAUUGUCAAGAAGCUGAACAAAAUUGUAAAAGUGUGAAUGGACCUGAGAUGAAUGGCUCAACGUAUAAAAGACCACCACUUUCUUUUUUUAGCCCUUUGACAUCCUAUUUUUUUAAGUUUAACCCCGAUGAAGGAGAAUGAACAAACUGAACACAGAACAGCUGGGAGCAAAAUUUCAUUUGAUCGACCACCAAAGAAAGUACUGACACCCCACACCUAAUAAUAUGAUUAUUCCUAAACAGCAAACAUCUACAUUUAGAUCAUAUAUUAUCAUAGAAUGUUAUUUAAAAGGGGAUAAUUUUGUUUAAAAAAAUUAACUAUUCAUUUUUUGGUUCAUUAUCAUGACCAUUUUCCACUAACUUUCUUUAUUAAAGGGGCAUCCAGGAUUAAACUUUCUUAUAUUGCCCUCUCAUUCUCUAAAGGGCAGCUAUUAGCAGGAUCAGUCCUAUUAAACCAGGCAUACUGCCUCGUAGGGUUGAUCCUACUGAUUAAAAUAAUACCUACCGUAUGUUGUGAAAAUUGGUUGUGGCGUUCCUGAGAAAAGAACACUUUUAUUCUUUAUGAAAAUUAGGGCUUUACCACCAGAGGGGUUGUGACAAACACUAGACACGUAGGCCCCACCCCUCAGUGCUCUGAAGCCAUUGAUUGCAUAGAGAAUAAAAAUCUUGCCUCUUGGGAACGCUGCAACCGAUUUUCACAGUCCAGGUAUCAUUUUAAUCUGCGGGAUCAACCCUACCAGGUAGUAUGCCCGGUUUGAUAGGAUUGAUAAUGCUUACAGGUGCCCUUUAAGUAUUAAAUGGAUUUACAAUAUAAUAAGUAAAAAAAAUUCUACCUCUCACUCUGUCACCCACGAAACUGAGCGCUGCUGCAUGUAGACAUGCCAGUGGCGCUCAAGUCAUGGGCGCGCCUUCAUUUUCUGUGGAUUCUAUGAGACAACCAUACAUAGCACAGAGAGUGUCAGGAAUAUACUGCAGAUAGCUGUCAUAUGUGAUCUCCGUAAACAAAUUGACUUGUAACGCAUUACAUAGAUACAUAGAUGUCAAUGUAACAUUUGCUACAUCUGUACAUUUCCUGCGAAGCUUGUUAGCUUGAGAUACUUUAGUGCAUCUGCUGUUUUGCUGAACAAAGGGCAUUCACAAAGGAUGAAUAGUGUUGGAGAGAAGAUGCUGAUCUGGAUGGUCUGGUCUUCAAAAUGUGGAGAUACACAGUAAAAGAUCUCUACAACAGAGCUGCUUGAACUGAAGAACAUAUCUGGUUGCAUCUCAGAUGUGUCCUCAAGCAGCACCAGUUGUAGAGAUCCUACAUAAAUUAGACACAAUUGCUUUUUUCUUUCAUUUUUAAUUUCAAAAUAACCCUUUUUACACACGGCUUUCAGUAUGUGCUGUCUUAAAUCAAGAUACCCUUGCUUCAACAUUCUCCCCCUCCUAAUGAUACAGAGCACAUCUUUAACAUUUACAACAGCAAACCAAUCUCUUUGGGAUUAUGUCUGACAGUUUUAUUCUGCUUCGAAAAUGUAAGAGACGGAAAUGACUCUUUUUCACCUGUGCAUUUUCACUCAAUAAAUGGGUGUUAACAAGCAAACACAGCCAAGCCUGAAGGAAUAAGUCCAGUGUGCCAGCUCCCUGGUGCCAGCUGUAUUUUCCCACAGUUUAGAAGCAUUCUGUGUUGGUUCUCCAGUUCUCUGAUAAAGAUGUUUCCUUUUAGUUUAUGUGCUCGUAAUCCACAUCAUUCAGAUUUCUAGUACAGUUGACAGCUGUGCAUGUGUUUUUCCAUUACUGUAGGAUGUAUAUUGAUUUUUUUCCUUACUAAUAUACCCGAAAUGACUAGAAAAAAACAUGGGUUCUAACUUUGAGGUCCAUGCAGUUAGACAUAUUAGAGAAGAUACCCCCCACGGCCACCAUCUAGUUGAGUCUGUCACUACAGUAUGUGGAGUAGAUUCAUCCUUCAAAUUUUUGUCGUUGUUAAAGAAGUUUGCAUUUUAGCAUUGACUGUACAUGGAACCCAAUAAUUAAGUGACUUGAAGGGGCUGUGCCAUCAUUAAAUUUUACGUUAAUUCAACAUGGAAAAAAUAACUUUUGUACAUUUUUCUCUGUUACAAAUCCUGUAGUUCUGAGAUUUUCAGUUUACUUGAUUAUUAUGGCUCCCUCUGGUGUUUAAUCUGUUUAGUAAUGUGUACGUCCAUCUCCUGAGGUGGUCAUACAUGCUCAGUUCCAUCCUUCAACUGCCAAAAGCCAUAUCUACUGUUAGUAGCUGGGACAGAUACAUGGCGAGAGCUGCGAAAGAAAGGACAGGCCCAGGUGACUCUUAACAGGGAGAGAGCUACACCAAAAAGAACAUGCCCCCUGAGAAAGCCAGCCCAAAGAGAAUCUAGCAGGCACCUGGAGCCAUUAAUGGAGCUCUUGGUCCAUAUGAGGUAUAGAACUGGUUGUAGCUUUGUUAGAAAGAGAUUGUCAUGUACGAUAUCAAUCAUGCCAUAAACAUCUGGUAAGUACGGGUUCAACCUUCCAUGAAAGUGAAUAAAAAUUAUGCAGUGUAGUCCUUUCACAACGGCCACUUCAACAGUUAGGGACCUCAGUUUUUCAGAUAGAUUCAGGUGCAAGAGGUGAGACCUGCUUCUUCAGACAUUUAUGGCAUAUCUUGAUUGCUUCAGAUACAGCCAGACUCAUCCAGUCCAGACUACAGGCUACUGUUAUAGUAGAGGUACAGACUAAACAUGGAGGCUGUUCUUUAUAGAUGGCGCUUCAGAUGGCACUGCCAGAUUGCUGUUAUUAGGAGAGCUUCAGACCACAGAGCCAGACUAUAUACCCAGACUGGCCUAUAUAUGGCCUUUUGCCCACUCAACACUGUCGUGAAGCAAUCAUCAUGUAGAAGGCCCUGGAAAUUACAUUUGUCUAGAAAAGAAUUGACUGUAAGUUGCAUAUUGCAGCUGCAUGGAAGUUGUUGAGUAGCCUGGGCUUAAUGUUUGCAAAAUCACUAAUAAAUUAUAUAUUUCUGUAUGACUUUAACUUGAAAUUGAUUCAUUAUGACAGCAACUUCUGGGCUCAUAUACACUGUUGUUGUUCACAGAGCAAUGGACUGCACCAUGGAUCUGUACUAUGUACUGAUACCAACUCUACGUGUCGCCGUGUGAUACCUCAUUAGAUAUGUGAGAAAGGAACACCUAGCGCACAUGAAGGAUCACCAUGAACCUAUAGAUUUCUAAAGAUGCUGAAUUCAGGAUCUGUGCUCAUGGUUCCUAACUUUGGGAUUAUAUAACAUUACAAUGAAUUUUGCACAGUACUAAAUAAUAUGACCGUAUAAAGCCUUGAACUAGAUAAUUAAAGAGUAAAAUCCUUCCAUAAAGACAUGUCUGAAGAUAAUUUGUACAAUUCUCAAAACUGAUGCCAUAAAAGAAGGGGACUCAGUGAUUGAUAGUGGCCUGAACAUUUUGGAACAGUGCCCAUUGUUCUCUGUAACAGCAACUGAUUCGAUUCCACAGGCUAGAAUCCAAGAAGAGCAUAAGAGAAGACAUUUUCCAAGUGUUAGCAGGAGGUCCCAGCUCCCGAACCCCAUCAAUGUAAUUUUCUGAAAUGUCUAAGUGACGUAUGAUAAAACUCCAACCAUUAAGCCCUUUAAAUCAUAAAAACAACAUUAGUAUGUGACACUGUAGAAUUGCUGAAGUAAAACUGCAUAUAUUAUAGCUUUAACAAAGCCAAGUCCAAAAGCCUGUUCGCUGUUUCUACAUCUCAGAUGUUACAUUUCAGUGUAAGACACCAUCUGUAACCACUUUAGACUUCUUCAGAUGCAUCUUAAGAACAGUGAAAGUACAGGAGUAAGACAAAUAUGAUUUGAAAAAUAGAUAAACGUUCCAAAAAAUUAUUGUAAAACAGUAGUAGGCAGGAGCAGACUGGAAACUUAAAGUGGCCCUGGAGAAAAAAAAAAAAAAAAGUGGCCCCAUGUUGUAGGUGGGUCCAAAUUGUCAGAA